AUGGCCUUCCACUUCAACUGGUCGCCGCUCAUCGCCGACACCGACCGGGUGCGACACAUGCUCACCUCGUCCCUCAACAAGUCGCCCAAGCCGCCCAUCAUCGUCGACGACAUCUUCGUGAACGAGCUGAACCUGGGGUCGACUCCUCCGUCAUUAGAGAUACUUGAGAUUGGCGAUCUGGCGGAGGACCGGUUCAGAGGGAUAUUCAAGGUCAAAUAUGAAGGGGAUGCGUAUCUCACGCUGCAGACGCGCGUGCAGGCCAACCCCUUGAACACCUUUCUGAGUACGAAGCCCUCGUUCGCAUCUCCUACUCCGCUCGCCGCGAGCUCCGGCCUUACGAUACCGCUGCAAAUCACGCUGUCAGAUAUACGACUGUCUGGGUUUGUGAUACUGGUCUUCUCGAAGCAAAAGGGUAUCACGCUGGUCUUUCGGAAUGAUCCGCUGGAGAGCUUGAAGGUCAGCAGUACGUUUGACAGUAUACCUUUUGUGCGGGAGUACCUGCAGCGUACGAUCGAGGCGCAGUUGAGAGUGUUGUUUAUGGAAGACUUGCCAGCAAUAAUACACCGGCUGUCGUUGCGGGUCUUCUCUGAAGAGCAUCGGCCUUCGAGUGAUGGGGAAAAGGCUGCCGAGGCUGAGAAGGAUAAAGAGGCGAUAAUGCAUACCAACCACGACAGAGACGCUACCGACGACGCUCACUCUGUCACGAGCACAAUCGACUCUUCGUCCUUGUUAGAUGCGUCAGGAGAGGCAUACGCAUCCUUCUCACAGAAGAAUCUGGUCCGACUGGCAGCUUUGUCCGAGAGCCAGCGUACGCUUAGCCUGUUCACACCAAACAUCCGGGAUGCAGUCUAUCGGGCAUGGACGAGCGCUGCAGAACGGAAUGCGGAAGGAGCGGCGUCAGGCUUGCAUUCCAAGAGCAGUCUUCCAACCCUCAGCCGCAUCAAUUCGGCAUUCAACGUACAGCAUAGCGUUUCCCACUCAAGAGUUCCAGGGAGUGCUGGCACACUGUCGUCGGCUGCAAGCCACACAAGUGACGCACCUUCGCUUGCCACCAGGCCCAGCCUCGCUGCCCACUCGUACACUUCAACUUCGUACUCACUCGGUUCGGGCCGAUCUCGACCUCAUGGGACGAGGAAACGGAAGAAUCGGGUGGUCAAUCUGCGCCGAGACCGCGAUGGUCCGACCGACGGCGCGUCUGAGACGAUGAGCGUGGGGAGCAGCUAUGAAGAUAGCGCAGGGAAGAGCGAGAGCAUGAGCGCGAGUGGCGAAGGCCAUUCAUCGUCCGGACCAGAGCUGGACAGUACGGUGCUCACCUCAUCCAGCAUCCAUAAAGCUGGCUACGAAGGCGAGGUACACACACCACAUAGCAGUCCCCAGAAGAAGGUCGACUUUCGACGGCGGCCGUCAAUCAAGGAAGUCGAACCGCUGCCGGAUGUGAUUGCAGGCGCUGAGAGAUUGGAGCCAAGAAAGCACAGAAGACCUGUCACGCCACGGAACCCACAGAACCAGCUAGGCCAUCCGUUCGAUGAGCUCGAUGCCGAUCCUACGCCUAGACAGAGCAUGUAUCUGCCCGAAGAUCCAACACACACGAAGCCCUCAAAUCCGCGACGAAAUCUCGAACGACAACAGACGAUGCCGCCUCAAACUCAGUCGUCGACAACGAAGCAACCGCCAAUGCCACCGAGCCUGCCGAGAUCAUCCUCCGAGCUGAGCAUUUCCGAUCUCCUGCCGUCGUAUCCUUUCACGCAGGAUGGCAAGGAUGGGGGAAGCAGCUCCGGUGGGAUAUUAGAGCAAGCCUGGAUGACGAAGAUGGCCACCGAGAUCGCGCGGAGGGUGGCUGAAGAAAGAGAGCGGCAGCAGGAUGUUCACGCAUCUCGUCGAGCAGUGGGCAAGGGCGAUCAUGGAGAGCAGGUACAGGACAUUGAAAGCGAUGCACCGCCAGCGUAUGUGGGAUGA